UAAUUCUAAUAACCUAUAAACAAAACUUGUUAAAACAUUAAUAAAUGUAAGAAUAUAAGACGAUCUGAAAUAUUUUCCACGAUGGAGAGGUUAAUAAAAUUCAGCAAAACAAUUAGAAAUAAUUGGAAGAAAUCUGUUGUCGGUGUUGUUGCUUUAUAUUACGGUGCUGCGAAAAUCAAGGAGAAAUAUGAAAUAAAUCUUUUGAUGCGUGCAGCAUGUCGUGAAGCCGUGAAAUAUGGCGAUACAUUGAUACCCAUGGAGAGGAAUCCAACUCUUGUUACGGUUAUAUUAAACCCAGUAGCAAAUAAAAGAAAAGCGAAGAGAGAUUUUGAGAAAUAUUGUGAACCAUUACUACAUUUAGCUGGAUUACAAGUGGAUGUCAUACAGACAACAUCAGAAGGCAAUGCUAAGGAAAUUGUUGAAACCCUACGUGGAACUGAGGCCAUCAUUGUUGCAGGAGGGGAUGGAACUUUCUCGGAAACUGUUACAGGUUUAUUAAGAAGAAACGAUGGAGCAAAUCAAUUCCCAAUUGGCAUCUUGCCAUUGGGACGCACCAACAGUUUUGGAAACAGUUUAUUUGAAGGUGGAAAAGGUGUAGAUAGAGUUAAGCAAUUAAUAGAAGCAUCUAUGGCCAUCAUUAAAGGAGAUACAGAGUGGAAAGAUGCUAUGAAAAUUGAACCAAUGGUGGAUGAAGAAGAGGCACCCAGUAGACCUAUUUAUGCAAUGACUUCUCUGGAGUGGGGUGCCUUUAGAGAUACAAUGGCAAAGAGGGACAAAUAUUGGUUUUAUGGGCCACUUAGAGAUUAUGCCUCCUAUAUUUUCAACGGUUAUAAAGAAUCUCUGAAUUGGAAUUGCAGUGGUGUGAUCAAAUAUACACCACCUUGCGCAGGUUGUAACAACUGUAUACAGAAAAAGCCCGAAGUAAAGAGAAAAUGGAGUUUCUUUAUGCCUAGUGCACCGGAAACCGCCACCGCCACGGUUGUUAACCCUGAAUGUGCAAUUUUACAAGAAUUAUGUUUCAAGACAAGCAAUCUUAGAAUUCGACCACAAAAGUUUGGUCAAUCUGAAAUUCCAUCACUUAGUGUUGUACUAGGUAAAAAUAAAUACAGUUAUUCUGAAUUUGUUUCCGAAGGUUGGCAACGAAUUAAAGGCAUUGAUGAAAAUAACAAAAGCAUUGCGGCUAGGACUGUGGAACUCUUACCGAACGAAUCCGGGCCAGAUGUUAUUAUUGAUAUAGACAGAGAAGAAUUUGAAGUUAAACCUGUUAAAAUUACAUUACUGCCUCAUAUUGUUAAGGUGUUCUGUAAUAAUAAUAAAAUAGUUGUGUAAAAAUAAAAUUUGUAGAAUCUUUAACACAUAUUUA